AGGAGUGCUUCAGUCAAGAGGUUAUGAAGCACACGUGCAUGGAAGCAGCGCUGAUGGCAACGACUCAGAACUCUCUAGUCGCAUGGAGGAGCUUGGGGUUUUAGGUGAUGAGGGAGAGAAGCGUUCUGCUGGAGGCACACUUUCAGGCCAAGAGAUGAAGAUGGGAUUUUGCUGGAUGCUCAUAAUCCUCCUGAGCUGCAGGUUGUCUCAGGCGACUCCGAGCAAAUGCACCUGCGAUGACGAGUCUAUAAUUCACUUUGUCCCUGAAAACGGCAGCAUCCGUGUGCUGGUGCCGUGCCCAAAUGUGACCGGCGUGGACUUGGAGUUUCUCCUUUACAAAGACCGGGAGGUGAUUUACGAUGAUACGUACGGGAAGGAAAUUUCACAUGGCUGGCUGGACGUGAAGCUGGACAAAAACAGAGAGAAUAAAACUGUAGGUUUCAUCCUCACUAAAGCGACAACUGAAAGCCAGGGGAUCUACAUUUGCACGGCCACGAGGACAUACCCUCCUCCGUAUAGAAAGGAAAGUGGUCAGGGGAUCCUGCUGCUGGAUGAACGAUUCCGCUUCCAGAGCAGUAAACACAACAGCAGCAAUAUGACAGCAGAAAGACAAGAUUCAAGAGAAACCCAAAGCUAUCCGUGGAUUUGGAUCACGGCGGUGGCACUUCUCAGCACCUACAGCCUCGUGGUCACCGUCCUCGCCUUGGUCAACUGGAUGAAGCUGAAGAAGACGGAUUGCCAGAGCGACUACAUUAACACCAAACCCAGAGCACCCAGGGGCAACAAGAAGAAGAGAGGGGUUCAGAAUCCCAUCCCACGAUACUUCUGAUUCCUCCACCGGAUCAUUUGUACAUCUAUUAGACACAAACAGACGGGGCGUCCUUGUAGUAGCAUAUUCUGAACAGGACAUUUACUGAGAGCGUUUCGUGUUGUUGCUGUAUUCUGUAUUCCGUCGUCAACACUGUAGUCGUUCUGUGCCUACGCGGCAAAAGUAGCAGUUCUUUUUUUACACUUGUGGCUGUAUGAAAUGAAAGUCGAAGAAAAAAACACCCUGCAGUUCUGGUUUUACUCAC